AGAUCUGUGUUUUACAGGCCAGUGUUAAUGUGCUGUUUUCAAUAUGGGGAAAAAAAAUCCACCAGCUAUUCCUGUCUGAUUUUGCUUGUUUCGUUAAUAUGCAACACAAAAAUGUUAAUAUACUGAAUUUUUCAUUCCUCUCUCUAAAGAAAUACUGUGAAAUAACUCCCAUUGAACAUGAGGAAAAUGGUUUGUUUUCGAUGAACAAUUUGCAUUUACCACAUUUCUAACCAUGAUAUUUCAAUCAGGAGGAUGAAACACAUGAACUUUGUUUCACUGCAGGCAGAGUUUAGUGGAUGGGCUAGAGAAUGCAAGCAAGGGCUCUGGCACUGCUGUUUCACUGUACAGGGGAUGUAAUCCACUUUCCAGCUGCAGCUGUCGCUGGAACAGUCUGUUUCCCUCCCCACCCAGAUUUGAAGUCUCCGAUAAAUUGCAUGCAUUUGUCACUGCUCCAUCUCCAGCUGGAGCACCACAGUUCCUCAAUACAUAGGUCCAAUACGCCGGGACAAUGCAGGCAGCUGAGAAGCUGCAUUUCUCCCGUGAGGAAUUCGCGUUUAGCCCACAAAUUUCUACAUUAAAAUUGCCGCCAGCGCCACCGAGAGGCACAGAACUGCCAGCAGAGAUGGCGGCGGCCCGUGCGUGCAGGGCUCGUCGGAGGACACCACAAAGCUGAGGAGGCAGAGCGCGAUGGCUGCACGCACCUGGGACGAGACCGUUCCUCCGGUGUCGCACACCAGCUGCUGUUCCCGUGAGGAAUCUCCUGUGCCCGCAGCAGGACGGCUCCGUACAGGUGAGAGCUGCUUCAAAGCCUCAGCUGCUGCUGCUUCGAUCGUUUUUCCAGUCUCCAACCAGGCAGGAGCGGAUCAGAAGGAAAUGGUAACUCUGAAGCUCACCUGGAGCAGGAUGUGGAACCAUCUUUGUCCACAGGCAAUUGCUGAGCAACACGGAUCCCAGUUUGGCCAUAGCUGGAGCACAAGGCAGUGGGAACAUUUCCCACUGGAAGGGCCUCAGCCCUGUGCUAAUGCCUGUGACCAGCCAGGGCUGGGGAACGGGGUCAGCGUGCCCAGGAAUUGCUUCUUCAGCACUUCCCAGAGAUGUCAUGCUAGGCCUUCUGGUACAGAUGGAGGACCUUCACCUCACACCUUCCUUGCCCUGGAAGGAUUGUGUCUGAGGAGCCUCGAACCUGGGUUUGCCUCUUUUGGGAAUGCCAGUAAUAGAGCUGACAUUCUCUAAGCCCUAAGGGGCUCCAGAGCCCCUCUGCAGCUACUCUCUGCUUUAUUGUAGUCUCCUUCCCACUUGUACUCCUGUCUUAGAAAAUAGGUAUCCUCAUAUUGUGAUCAGCUUCUCUGGGUUUUUUUUUUGUUUUGGUUUUGUUUUUGUGGUUUUUGUUUUGUUUUGGUUUCGUUUUGGGUUGUUUUUUGUUUGUUUGUUGGGUUUUUUUGAUGUUUGGGAGGGUUUUUGUUUUGUUUUGUUGUUUUGUUUCUUUUUUUUCCCCAAGAGAGCCCUCAUUUGAAUCAUUAAGAAGUCUUACCUUCACUUGGUCUCUUGUUCAGUUCCUUCUCCUUAGUCUGAUUGCUGAGCCUCGCUCUCCAGAUCCUCCUGGUAGUUCAGGUUUCAGGAGGCUACAGUGAAGGGAUGGACAAAAUUCAAGUUACAGUAAAAACAACACAGAAUGCCCAGGCCAGGGUUUACAGUUCCAGUCAGAUUCAGAAGGUGCAGCUGUAGACAAUGCACAAGGCCAACAUCACCUGGAGCCAAAUAUUUCCAGAGUCACCACACCCUCUCACUAUCCCUGUAAUCACCCUUGCUCGCACAGGACCCUCUGCCCCAAGCUCACUCCAUCAUUCCUUCUACCCGUCUUCAGUGUCAGUGCUUUCUUUGCAUUUCCACCAGAAGGUGGCAUUAUUAAACUCCACUGAAAGUCACUCAUGGUUAAAGCAUGGGCACCCCAGUCAGCCAAGUGGAGCCACUGAUGAGCAAGUAGAGUGUGAAAAAUAUGUUUAUGAAGAGUAAGAAAAAAUUAAUCACUACAUUGUGCUGAUGGAAGAAACAUCAAUUUCUCUGAGGUUUUAUUUAUUUGCUUGUGAGCAAAUGGAAGUCUGUGGAUGUAAAAUUAACUACAGGCAGUUUCACCAAGAAUUCACAAAGCACAUCAGAAUAUCCUGUGAAUCACAAAGAUGACAGAGAUGCUCCAAUGAAACCCUUUUUUUGUGCCUGUCACAGUUUUAUUUUGGUGUCCUGAGUGGUUUCCCUUGCUACCAAAAUGAACUGAAUAUUGUAUAAGUUGGCUGAACAGCCCUUGCAGUGAAACAGCUUUUCCAUGCCUGGGCCUUAGCAAACAUGAAAAGAUUAGUAAUAGGUAAGAUCGAGUGUUAGUUCUUUCUCACUCUUGAUCUCUGCAAAAACUUUAGUUUUUUUAACUAGCCUCCUUUAUAUUACGUCUGCCAUGGGAGGAACAUGCCAGGAGAGACUUUGAAGAUGUAGGUGUUUAGGAUAAGGCCAGUCAUGUAAUAAACUUUUAAAGGCAACCAGCAACUGAAGUGUUGGAGACUUGGGGGCACCAACACAAUGCACACAGAACACAAAGCCUUUACACCACAUUGCCAUCCUUCCUCUCUAUCUAAACUCAUCACAAUAAACAACAAACAAAGUGGCCUGAGAACGCUUCUGCUAUUCCCCACUGCCAUGCAUAUUUAUUUUUUUCUUUAGAAAGACCAGCCUUUAAUAGGACCUCAUAGUGAUGAUUAGGUGAUGGCUGGGGUAUUUAGGAAAAAAAAAAAUAAAUCUCAGGUAUCAACUGCCCCUCAGAGUAAAAACAGCCCAAUUUCGUUACCUACCUGUAAACAGCUUGGUAAUAUUUAACAGAUCACUGAACAUGACCAAGAAAGCUCCCUGCUGUGCCAUUUCACAUUUAGAGAAGAAUAAAACUCAUGUUUUUUGUAUCAGUAAUAUUUAUUUUAGGUAAAAUUCAGCAUACAAAAUGUCUAUUUCUGUCAUGUUUGAUGUGAGAAGUUUCAGGUUGUUUUUUUUUGUUGUUGUUUUUUUUUUUGUUUGUUUGUUUGGUUUUUUUUGUUGUGUGUGAGUUGUUCUGUCUAUAGCAGCUUUGCAAGCACAGCAUGUAGAAAGAAAGCAAAUUAGGCUAAGGAAAAGGAUGACUGACAACAUUCACAGGAUCACCAGUGGAUACAAACAGUAGAAUGCACAGGGCUGGUUCACUGAAAGAAGAAAAGAUGAGGGGAAUUGCAGCUUAGCAUUGAACAAGGAAAAGUUUGUUUUGGCUUAAAUCAUUUCCUUGUCAGCACAAACAGCUAUCUUAGCCAAAGGGGAUUCAUGCAUUCAAAAAGAUGGAAGCAAAUUGUGAGUGAAUCACCUGAGAAACAACAACAGUGGUUGUUCCUAAAACUACAAAAUUAUUCACUUCCUUUUUUAAGUUCUCUCUCAGAUUGCUCUCAGUUUUGCUGCAGGAAAUUUGGAAUGCACUAAAAACUACAAAGAAAGGAACUGUACAUGAACGGGUAGCACAAACACUGCUGACAAGAAAGGAUGAGAGCUACAGAUGUGCAAACUGUGAUCCAAAUUCACCUGACUUGCAAAAGAAGAACCCCAGAAGGCCAGACCAUGCAUGAAGGAGCCGGCCACCUAAGGGAGAGGAUGGUUUGAAGAGAAAGGUAAAUGUUUGUCCAUCUGUGACUUUGGCAGCCUGCAUCCUGUGCUAAUCCACACAAUCAGUCAAAAUACUAAUUCUUGCAAUAGUUGUCCCUUUUUAUUUACUGUCAUCUGCUUCCCUUGUGGGCCGGCCUCUGCCAAAUGAGGACUUGUCUGAACCACCUGUCCCUGGCCGGCACUGAGAUCAGAGAGAGUGGAUGGUGCACUGGCAUGAGUGCUGGAUACCACUGUGUGGGUAGCACCUCACUGGCAGAGCUACCUGAAGAGAUGCAAGUGAUUCUGCACCCUUAGAGCAAAGAAUCUUCUUCACAUCAUCUGAAGAGAAAGGAGGAGAAAAGAACUGGGGGAAAAAACAUGAGUCCUUCAAGUACAGAGUCCCUUGAAGUUGAACACUCAACCUUUUAUGAGUAUUACGAUACUUAUUACGAUGCUCCAAAGCCAUGCAGUAAAGAAGGCGUCAGGAGGUUUGCAGCCUCUUUCCUACCUGUUCUGUAUUCCCUGGUAUUCCUGGUCGGGCUCGCUGGAAACAUUCUGGUCAUCGUGGUCCUCUUCAAAUACAAGAGGCUGAAGAGCAUGACCGAUGUGUACCUGCUAAACCUCGCCAUCUCAGAUUUGCUCUUCGUUUUAUCCUUGCCAUUCUGGUCUUAUUUCACACUAGACCAAUGGGUUUUUGGAACUCCCUGGUGUAAAAUCAUUUCGUGGAUGUAUCUGGUUGGGUUUUACAGUGGGAUAUUUUUUAUUAUGCUUAUGAGCAUAGAUAGAUACCUGGCAAUUGUUCGCGCAGUGUUUUCCUUGAAAGCAAGGACUGCCUUCCAUGGCUUGAUUACCAGCCUUGUUGUAUGGCUAGUAGCUCUUUCAGCUUCAGUCCCUGAGCUUGUAUUUAGAGAGUCUUUUAAUGAACAAAAUUAUACUACCUGCAAGCCCAGAUUUCCAGGCAAUAUCACAACAUGGAAGCUUUUUUCCACUUUGGAAGUCAACAUUUUAGGGCUCCUAAUCCCUUUUAUAAUUAUGACAUUUUGCUACUCCAUGAUCAUUAAAACAUUAGUUCACUGUAGAAAUGACAAAAAGAAUAAGGCUGUGAAGAUGAUUUUUGUUGUCAUGAUUGUGUUUUUCUUUUUUUGGACCCCCUACAACAUUGUUAUUUUCUUGCAACUGCUGGAAUUUAUGGGAGUCAUUAAAAACUGUCAAAUGAGCAGGAGUUUGGACUAUGCUUUCCAGGUAACAGAAAUCCUCGGUCUUUUUCACUGUUGCCUCAAUCCAGUCAUCUACUUCUUCAUGGGGGAGAAGUUUAAGAAGUACCUGAAGAUGCUCUUUAAGAACUGGCAGUUACCUGGGUAUUUCUGCAAGUGGUGUGGAGUGCACAUGACUUACCACACUGAAUCUACCAGCUCAUUCCACACACAGUCUACAGGCGACCAAGACGCUCUGUAACGCAUUUCAGACCAGCCACCAAACUCGGCAGCAAGCAAACUGACAACAGCAGGAACUUUGAAAAGCAGGAACUUGGAAAAGCUAAGCAAAUGCAGAUACAUUUAACAACAAGCUAGUGUUGGAUAAUUACUUACUUCAGCUUUAUUUGUGCCUCUAGAUUUUCUGAGUGUUAUGACAGAAGGUGUCCCAAAUGUGGAACAUGGGAGAUGGACAUGCAAGGUUUCUCUGCUGUGAUUACAAAUCACUGCUUAGCUCUGUGCAAAGCACUGCACUGCGUGGCUUCUUUUUUCACCAGCAUCAGUACAUUGGCCUGCACGGAGGGGCACAGGUGAGACACCACCUUGGCAUCAGCAGAUGCACUUGGAAAACAUAUUCAUGUAUUCAAGAAGGAUGAUUAUAACCAUAUUUUUUUUUAUUCUGCACUUGGUCUGUGUAGGACUUGUUCACUUGUGACUCUUAGGUAGCUAUUAGCAGUACCUGCUACUUUUAAAUGUUUCAUUUCAGGGAGGAUGAUAUACACCCUGUCUUAGAGAAAAAGGAUGAAAUCUAUUCUCUAUGUGCACGAAGACACAAAGCAAAGCCAUAACUUUUCAUUGUAGGUGCAUUUUCUCUCAGAUUGACAUAUAUGCCUAUAUGUUGAUGUAUAUAUAUAGGCAUUUUGAAUCACUUUAUCACUGUAAUUCAGGAUAACAAUUCUGUAUUUGAAUUAAUAUAGAAAAUGUUUUGAAUAUUUUUGAAUAAAAGUG